UAGCUUCUUCUCCAUCGAUGCUAAACGGAAAAACAGCAACAGACUUCCCUCAAAACGUCAUCAAAGUCGUAAAGCCAUGAAAAAUAUCAAAUUAUGGAAUACAAUACGGCUCUGUCACAUUAACAUCAACUUAAUUUACGUUUUAAAAAGUAUAUAUUACAGGUCGAAAGCUAUUAAGAACAAUUACCGACGCGUUUGUUUACAUUUACGGUUCACCGAUCAGUUCUGUCGCAAAAAGCCUCUGGGUGUCGUAAAAAAACAGUUUGCGGCAUACCGACUCCCACUUCAGCAUCGCUAGUUUUUCUUAGCGCAUCAUGGCUUCAGCUCCACCACAACAGCCUACUCUGACGAUUGAGCAAACCAGAGUGGUGCUGAGCGAGGUGAUCCAAGCCUUCGCCGUGCCAGAGAAUGCAGCGAGGAUGGAGGAGGCCAAAGAGAGCGCGUGCAACGACAUGGGCAAAAUGCUGCAGCUCGUGCUCCCCGUGGCAACCCAGAUUCAACAGGAGGUCAUCAAAGCCUACGGGUUCAACAAUGAGGGGGAGGGCGUCCUUAAAUUUGCCAGAUUAGUGAAGAUGUAUGAAAACCAGGACCCAGAAAUUGCAGCCAUGUCUGCAAAACUGAAGUCUCUUCUCCUGCCUCCGCUAUCAACACCACCUAUAGGAGGCAGCGUCACUGCGUCUUAGGAAUUCAGAGGUCAAAUUCAAGGAUGUCUUUGAAACAAUCCAUAACUGACGUUUCAUGAUCUUUAUUUUCAAUUGUCUGUUUUUUUACUAUUUAUUUUCAAAACACGAUUCUUGCAAGUCUUUGUUUUUACCUGCUUCUGUUACAUUCUGUAAUUUUUAUUUCACUGAAACUUGUUUGUCAUUAUGCCUUUUUAAAAUCAUUUUAUAAUCAGUGCCAGUAAGUGUAUUUAAUGUUUUGUCAAAAUCUGUGGGCAAAAAUGUCACGAGAACAAUUUCUAUAUACAUACUUUAUUAGUUUUCAUGUCACUAUACAUUCAGAUUUUUAAAAAAUAAAGCCAUUUUCAGAGAAAACUUUCCUCUGAUUACACAGA